GUCCAGCACUGCACCUCUCUCUAUUCCUCCCUCUCUUUUGAGCCGCUGCCUCGCGCUCGCUCUGUAAUCAUUCCGCUCGCGCGCAGCUGAGCGUGGACAGCUGAGCGCUCGUCUCCUCCCUCCUCGCGCCAGACCUGCACCCGGACCAAAACCUCCACUCCUCUCCUUCUUGAGGACACGGAAACGUCUUUACGCGUCCCUCGAGCUCGCCACAAAUGCUCGAGCCCCGCGGCUGGAGCCCCCGGACCCGAUGGGGAGGCAGACCAGCAGAGCCACGGUGAUGGGACAGUUUUCACGAGGAUGCUACCUGAGUGCUCCCAUCCUCGUGCUCCUCGGUCUGCGGGUCGUGGCCACGUUAGCCCGAGGUCCUCGAGGUGAAGCCCAGCAGCAUGGUCAAUCCGGGACGCUGCCCCGCUUUGUGGAGGAGCCCGUCGAUGCCUACAUCAUCAAAAGCAACCCCAUCCAGCUGCGGUGCCAGGCUCGGCCCGCUCUCCAAAUCUUUUUUAAGUGCAACGGGGAGUGGGUCCACCAGAGCCAGCACAUGUCUCGGGAGCACACAGACACUGGUUCAGGGUUGAAGAUCCGUGAAGUGAUGAUCAACGUGUCCCGGCAGCAGGUGGAGGACUUUCACGGCCCGGAGGACUACUGGUGUUUGUGCGUCGCCUGGAGCCACCUGGGGACCUCCAAGAGCCGCAAGGCAGCCGUCCGGAUCGCCUACCUGAGGAAGAACUUUGAGCAGGACCCUCAAGGCACCGAGGUGCCUCUGAAUGGCAUGAUUGUGCUGCACUGCCGUCCCCCAGAGGGAGUGCCGGUGGCUGAGGUGGAAUGGCUAAAAAACGACGAUCCUCUAAACUAUGCUGAUGACAGCAUUGUUGAUUUGAGGGGUGACCACAGCCUUAUCAUCUCCGAAGCUCGCCUUUCCGAUUCGGGGAACUACACGUGUGUUGCCAGCAACAUUGUUGCUAAAAGACGCAGCUCCACAGCCACAGUUGUCGUCUACGUAAAUGGAGGCUGGUCUUCAUGGACAGACUGGUCCACCUGUAGUGUCCGCUGCGGUCGAGGUGUGCAAAAACGCUCCCGGACCUGCACGAAUCCAGCUCCUCUCAACGGAGGAUCCUUCUGUGAGGGCAUGUCGGUGCAGAAGAGCACGUGCAACACAGUGUGUCCAGUGGACGGCGGCUGGGGGGAUUGGAGCGAGUGGUCGGCGUGCAGCUCGGACUGCGAGAGGCAGCGCAGCAGGGAGUGCACCUCCCCAGAGCCCAAACACGGAGGCCGGCUAUGCGACGGAGUGGCAGUGGCGACGGACAACUGCACGGGCGGCCUCUGCACUCAGAAUCGGAAGCUGCUUCAUGAUGCAAAGCAACAGGGGGCAGAAUCCAGCAGCGAUGUGGCCCUGUACUCCGGCCUGGCUGCAGGGGUGGUGACAGUGGUGCUGCUGAUCGUCGCCGUCACUCUUUACCGUCGCAGCCAGAGCGAGUACGGCGUUGACGUCAUUGACUCGUCCGCUCUCACUGGCGGUUUCCAGUCUUUCAGCUUCAAGACAUCUCGACAAGCAAACCCACUGCUUAUUAACUCAUCCAUGCAACCGGAUCUGACAGUGUCCCGUACCUACACGAGCCCCAUGUGUUUCCAGGACUCCAUUGACAAGGAGAUAAUGGCCGAGCACUCGCUCCUUCGCCCACUGCCAGAGCUCAAGAGCAAAGGGGCCGCAGAAAGGGCAGAGUACCACGUCAUGUCCCACCCUCAGACAUUUCCACGGGGCUUGGCGCCAGACUACAGAGGGGUUGCUGUGGGGACCACACUGGGUAUAAGAGGCAAAAACCUUUUCACCCCAACGGUGUCUCUGACUCCCAGCAGGCCUCUGCACAAAGCGACGGCGGUGUUUGGCCAUGCUGGAGGCAGGCUGGUGGUACCAAACACAGGAAUCAGUCUGUUGGUGCCUCACGGGGGGAUCGCCGAAGACACUACCUGGGAAAUGUACAUGAGCAUCAGCCAGGAGGACUGCAGCGCCUUGUCCGAGGACGGGUCGGAGGUCUUCCUGAGCCCCGCGGUCACAUACGGCCCACCGGGCCUGGACCUGUCCUGCUCCGUGGCCAUGACCAUCGCGCAUUGUGCAGAGGUUUCUGCCGACAGCUGGACCAUCCGGUUAAAGAGACAAAUCCUGGACAACAAGUGGGAGGAGGUGAUGUGCACGGAUGAGGAGAGCACGAGCUGCUACUGCCUGCUGGAGACCCAGAGGUGCCACGUACUGCUGGGGCAGCCGGGUCGCUACGCUCUGGUGGGGGAGCCUCUGAACCAAGAGGCAGCCAAGCGGCUGAGACUGGCCGUGUUUGGUGGCCCCGAUACCGGCAACUCUUUGGGCUUCACCCUCAGGGUGUACUGUGUGGACGACACGCCCCAUGCAUUUCAGGAGGUGGCCGUUGGGGAGCGCAGCAGAGGUGGCCGGCUGCUGGAGGAACCUAAAAUUAUGCUGUUUAAGGGGAACAAUUUCAGCCUCCAGGUGUCCAUCCAGGACAUCCCUCAGUUAGUCUGGAGCAUCAAGCCUUUCACCACCUGCCAGGAGUUCUCCUUUUCUCAGGUGUGGGCCAGCAACCAGCAUCCCCUGCAGUGUGCCUUCUCUUUGGAGCGCUACAGCCACUCCUCGUCUCAGCUCUCCUGCAAAAUCAGCAUCCGGCAGGUCACAGGAGAGGAGCACAUCCUCCAGAUCUAUACUUCUGUGGUGGAGAGCGAAAAGGCGGUGGUUCCUUUUUUCACUCAGUCAGACUGUACCAUCACAUCCCAGACAGGGUCAAGGGCAUUUAAAAUCCCGCCGUCCAUCCGCCGGCGGAUCAUCGCCACCUUUGAUGCAGCCAACGCCAACGGGAAGGACUGGCAGCUCCUGGCGCAGAAGCUGCACAUAGACAGGAACCUGUGCUACUUUGCAUGUCAGGAGAGCCCGUCCUCUGUGAUCCUGAGCCUGUGGGAAGCCCAGCACCAGGACUCCGGAGACCUGGACUCUCUGGCCAGUGCCCUAGAGGAAAUUGGGAAAGUCCAGUCCCCCAAAGGGACCGGCACAGCCGUCUGCAACGAAAAAGAUUCUGAAUUCACAAAACCCGGGUAGGGUGGGUUCAUGGGGGAAGGAAACACACGAUGAACCUUUACUGCAUGAACUAUGAGGAUCAGGUGUGCCGACGAACCCGUGGAGAGGAGGAGGCGUUUCAGAGCAGCACCUGUGCUGAACCGAGCGGUCCACAGUAAAGCAGUGAAGUCCAAAAUGACCCAGAGACAUCACCGCGGGGGGACCACAACACAUUUAUGAGCGAAAUUUCAGUAAAGCCAUGUGAAAUAAGAAAGUGCUCUCUUGUAGAAUUGGUCAAACCUUAGAUGAACAACACAUGUAAUGUCACAUUGCAUUCAUUUUUUUUUUUUUUCAAAAAAAUACAUUGACAAAGGAAAAUAAAUUCAAAAGUUCCUAAUUCUUUGACAAAUUACAGCAAAGAAAAAGCAUUUUUAGAAGCAUUUAAAGGGAUUGUGUUUGUUAGUUAUGAGCUGUACUCCGUAAAUCCUGGAUUUUCCGUAAAUUAUUUCAAGUUCCUUGAUUUAAUUUUCAGUGGUGCCCACAUUUGAAAUGACCAGCUCCAAAAGAUUUACCUAUAUCUAUUUCUACAUAGGUACAUAUUCAAUAAAAUCCAAAAUUAUUGAAUCAAAACCUUAAAUUGUUCAUAUUUAUGUAUUUAAAUACACAGAAAUCAGAUUUUAAAGUAAACCAGACAAUAAUUUUGAAUUAAAUUGAUAGAUUUUGAUAAAUAUGUUGGAUUAAAACGUGUUUAAAAAGUUCCUCUGUCAUAUUUUCCAUGAAGAGUUUGUUGAAUCGGACCCAUUUGUUUGUAGUUGUCACGUCAAAGGCGCUGUGUGGCAAUAUGGAGAGAAAAUACACUCACUGGGUUUGUGUGUUUGUGAUCUAAGCUCUGAUAAGAAAACUCUGAUGACCCAGCAUUCUAGCAGAAUUUAAACACAUCAUCUACGUGCAAAUCUGAAGACGUGAAGGGAGUCUCACAACUUCUCAUGCACUUGUAACUCUGAUCUGUGCAUAAAUGCGGUUUUGUGUGUGUUUUGUAGGAGCCGUUUUGAAUUCAUAGUUAGUUUUUAUGCUGGUGUCAUUUCAAGUUGUGCGUGGGUAAAUAGUAUUUUGGAUUUGUGCGUUUUUGAUAUUCCAGUGUACAUGUGAACACACAUUCGCGAGAAAACAUAGUUACACACAAAAUCUAUGAGUUAUAAAUGCUCAGGUCACAUAAACAGCUGCCACCGCCUGAAGGGGAGGCAUCGGUAUAAUCUUCAAGAUUAGCUUCUGCCGCCUGAUUUUUUUGAAAAAUCGCUGGCGUGGCCAUGAGUGUAGACGGCGUCCGUCAGGCGUCUGUUAGUCAUUAUGAGACUGGGCCGUCACAGGCCAGUAGCAGCCGGAUCGCCGGCCGGCAGCACCUCUGAUUGGACGAUGUGUAAAUGUCUCUGGAUGGUCACCGUCCACAUCAAGUGCCACUGGCCGCCAGCCGGUACCGGGGUUGCAGAAAAAGUGACACGCAUUAUAAAUUUUAGACAACAUGCCUCCCAAGAAACCCAGCAAGGGCAAGGCCCCAGCGCCCAAAACGAAGGUCGUAGCGGUCCGACCACAGCAGGAGUCAUAUGCAGGUGAGGACCCACAGUGGCCAGAUUGGCGUCCAGUCAUCCCCAGGUCCCCGGUCCAUGUCAAAAGCCCUCGUCAAGUGCCCGCGCUACUACCAUAGGUCAUAUAUCGCGCUGCUGCCUUCCUGCCACCCGCCUGUCACUGGACUGCCACCACCUGCGCGACCUCAAAAUGUGCCUGGGCGACCACUGCCUGAUGUCAAAAAUCGUGCCGUCACCGUAAAAUUGCACAUUUUUCUGAAUUACCUCCAUGGCCGCUGCGUGGCGUGAAAAGAUGUGACUGCCGCCUCCCGAUUACAAACGCCACCGCCCGUAGGAUCUGUGACCUGAUUUAAAUCGAGAAUCGCGCAAAUCCAGAGAGCCUAUUUUCUCUCCACAUGCCAGCAGAAACAUUCCAUUUGUGUUUCUAUGUGAGGUUAUUCUUUUAAGUGACUGUUGGUGGAAAGAAAAUCCAUGAGCAGCUACAUGCGCGGUUAGGAGUGUGACGCUGAACGCUCACACCUUUCUGAGGAGGAGGAGUCUGAAAAACUCCACGUCUGCUAGCAUAUGUAUACAUGACGUAUGUAUCAGAGGACAUUUAUAUGCCGUUCCGCAUGUCAGUCAAUCGACGUACUUCAUCGCAAGGAUGAUGAUCAUUUUUAAAAAUGUAUUUUCAUUUAUUUUUGUUUAUUUAUUUUUUAUGACAUGCAACCUACCCACGUUUCACAUUAGGCUCUCCUUUCCUAACCAUUCUAUUUCUAAUAAUCAGAUUUAAUUAUUCUUAUAUUUGCUAACCAAAGCCACGUUUCUUUGUUUGUUUUUUUCAGAAACAAAAAACUACUUUAAUUUGUAACCCCCACCUUCAAAAAGCCAUACUUUUCGAGUCGUUUUCUCAGAAAUUAAAUAUUGAAUACGUUCUAACCUUGGAGUGAACUUGCUGAAAUCUGUCCUUCUGUGAAGAUUGGCAACUGUCUGUAAAUUCUUUCACCUCAAAUAGACUUCAAACAGUUUGAAAAGUGUUCUUGAAACCUAUUUUUUUUUCUGACUGAUGCGCAGCAAACAUUGCUUCUAAAAUCAAUGCAGACAACUCUGUCAAACUUCUGCUUCUGCAGAAGUCAGAAGACUUUCUGAUGAGUCAAUUGAACGCGUCUUAUUUCCCUUUAAGAGGUGGAGGACUGAAUAGACUGAAAAAAUCAGCUUUUACCCAUUAGCUUUGGCUCAAACCACCAAAAUAAAAGCCUCAGUGUAAACCCCGGGAUGGUGUUUUACUUCAUUGAAGAAGAAAAUCUUUAUUGACAUUAAGGUGUGUAAAAAAUUAUAGGGGUUGUGACGUCUGACCCUUCUGGCUUGACCUAAAAAACAUUAAAAGGGGGGAAAAAACACCAUCUUUUAAAUUUAAAUUGCGCCAAUUAAUUUUAAUUUUGUGGCAAACAUACAAAGAUGUUUGCCUGAUUAUCAUAUGAUCAACACAGAACCCUGAAAGCCUUUAUAAGUUGAGUACAUCUGUUUUAUUUUACGCUAACAUGGAAGCUGUGUUGCUAAGGAAAGCUUAACAUAUUCCUUUAAUGUAGAAAGAUGAAAGUCCCUACACUUAUUAAUGAGGCCCAGACAAGAAAAAAUUGCAAUGGUUGCUAUGGAUCUAUACAUCUGUAUAAGGUGGUAUGUAAAAUCAAAAAUACUGUUCUUUAUACAAUCAUUUUGUGAAAAAAUUGCACAAAAAGAUGCAACAAACUGUAAAAAUGUGGGUUUAAAGGUAAAAAAAAAAAUUUUUGUUUAUAUUAGUUAAAAGGAUUCCUUAUUGAGGCCCCACAAAUAUGGCAGCCUUAUUAGAAAUCAUUGACUGUAUAAGAGAACUGGACUGAGUGAGGGUGAUAUCAUCCGUUGUAAAUGGCUUAGUUCAGUUCCAAGGACAUAAAUUCAUUUCAGUCGCCAUUUUUUCGGACCCCCCCUACCACUUGAAAGCGGGCUACACCAAAUCUGACUGGACAUGAGACCACCUCCUUUUCUGAGGCAUCUGAUUGGUCAAUUUAUAACUCAUGGAAUUUGCACUAUGGAAAAAAUAUCAUAAAUAGUAUUAGGUUUUCUCAAGAACAUGCUUAAAAAAUGUGUCAGAGCUAGAAUGGUUGUUCUGACAAAUAGAAUGACUGAGGUAAAGCUACAUAUAUCUCAGUAAACGUCCAUGGGAUUUCGGCUUCUUGGACCCAGCGGGUACUUCCUGUUUAGGACACGAGGGGGGAGGAGUCACUCAGUCCAGUUUUCACAUACAGUCAGUGGUGGAAAUCUGACCCUUCUGGUUUACUGUUCAUUAUCUCCUUGCCACAAAACUAAAAAUCCUUAAAAUGUGAACAAAUCCAUCCGUAAAUGUUGUCAUGUCAACAAAGGUUGCUAAGGAAUUUUGAAAACCUGCUUUCGAUGUAGAGACACAGAAAUCGCCACACUCAUUCAUCUGACCCAGACAAGGGAAAAAUGAAAUGGUUGCUAUGGAGCUAUCAGCUUGUUGGAGGCUGAUGUUGUCCGUCCAAAUGAAACACGUUUACACUCCUGUCAUUGAGAGAUGUUGACGGAACCGAAAAACGGUUGAAUUUUCUAAUGAAUGUAUACAAAGGCUGUACCACUUUCUUUAAGGCAAGGUGAACAUCCUUUUCGAGUCCAUUUGAGGCGUAUAUAUUACUGAAAUGAAAGUGGCUGCACUUUCUUUUGCACAUGACUUGAAGACUCCGCUGACCGGCCACAAACAGCCUCAUCAUCGCGGCGCCGACGGCCGAUUCAGCUGGUUUCAAAGAGUAACUGUGAAGACGACUCUCCGAGUGUGUUUCAAACUGACUGACGUGGCUCUCCCAGUGCGUGUCAUGCCGAUCCAGACUUUACUAAGAUCCAGUCCUCUGGGUGAUCGAAAUGUUUGGUGUUAAAAGUCUUAAAAGUAUUUUCUCAUUUUGUAGAUCUCCUGAUGAGUUUGUUUUUGUUUGGGUUUUUUUUUUUUUUUGCAUUGUGUGAGUUUUUUGGAGUUGAAAAAGUUUCUUGCAUUCUGGUAAACCUGUGAGCUCGGACUAUUGCAGCAACGUCUGCAGACGGCAGAACCCGGACGGACUUGCUGAAGGGUCAACGCCAGGAUGUUUGACAAUUAUCCUACAAAGCAGGGGAGAGUCAACUCAUCUGUGCCUCGUAAGAAAAAAAAAAACGCAAGAGCUGGAACAGGAGGAACAUUCCAACCCCUGCUGGUAGAAGAUGAGUGGUGUACAUGUUUUUUUAAACCACUCACUUUCUCCCCCCGAAGCUUUUCUUUUUCUCUCACCAAAUACACGGACCUCUCCCGCCCCCAUCCUCUGUGGUCUCAUCAGAGCCUCUUUAAAACCAUUUCCUGGUCAAAAAAACCCCCACAGUCAGUGACUCCACCUGCCCUGAACUAAUAAAGUGACUUUGUGUUGAA